GCAUAACAGUUAAUGUAUAUUCCUGCUCAUAUACUUGGUUCUUUUAACCAAAGGCACCAAAAUAGUUGCCAAGAAUGCAACAGAAUUCUAUUUUUCCAUAUGUAUAAUAAACAUAUUAUACAUUAUGAAUCGAAAUGAUUUUGGAGAAAAGUACAUAGUCUUUAGAUAUACAUGUACACUGUGUGCAAAUAAUAUCGAUCUACAUAGGGCAGCAAGUUAGAAAAUAAAUGUACUGCCAAGUGCAGAUUACAUAACACAUAUCUGAAAAUGAAAUGAUAUAAAAGCAACAAACACUCAGUCUGAUGCAAAUUUUAAUCUGAAUAAUAAAUUAGCAUUGUUUGUCACGCAUUAAAAUCGUCGGUUCCCACGUGUCUACUUCAACGUGAGAGUUUUACUUCCGUAAUUUCUAAGGAUGGCUUCGCUGACCGAAUCUUAAAGCACGUUCAGAAAACGUACUGUAGACUAGUGAACAGAGAUGUCUAGACAACGGACAGGUUUUCUGUUAAAACCACGGUGUGUUUUGUACUCUAUUGUGUCUGCUGUCAUCGUCGUUAUCUUAUGGAAAUUAUACAUUAAUUACUCAUUCUACACCAGUAAAAAUAUCGUGGGGCAAUGGUCUGUGGAGGAUAAUUAUAGAACGUCGCCGUCCAUCGAUGUCUUCAUAUUUGAGGAGCACCACGAAGCCAUUCCGUACUGGUUUAACAGUAGUAGCGGUCAUUUGACAGAGAAGAAAGGACUAACUUUGAUUCACAUCGAUGGGCACAGCGAUAUGGGGCUACCACAGUCUUUCAGAAAAUUUCCCUAUUUACGCUGGCCCAAGAACAGUAAAGAGCUAGAGUACUAUAUGCAGGCUAACGACCUCUUCAUCAUAUCAGCAGCCAUGGCGGGUAUGUUCAGCAAAGUCAUCUGGGUAUGGCCCUGCUGGGACCAAGUAAACCAUGAGGACAAAGCACGUGACCUAUCGGAAAUCAACGUGGGUUGGUUGAUGGUGGAUACCUUGAUCCCCAAAAUGAAGCGUAGAACGUUUUGCUUCUGCCACCACAGCCUGAGCACAAACAAGAAUACGGACAGGUCAGUGAAUAAAACAGAGGAGUGUCGACGACUUCCCACCUCUCUGGAGAGGCAGGCCGACUUUCCAGAGGGUGUUGUGAUAGACAGGAAGACGUGCAAGAUCGAAAUGUCGUUUCUACACGAGGAAAUCAGUGAGGAUUUGGCGGCUGAUGUUUUUAGAAAGGAAGCAGAAAACUUUAGAGAAAACGGUGUUAUUUUGGAUAUAGACGAAGACUUCUAUGCUUGUACCUUUGCAUCGAGACCUCUGUUGAAUGCUGGCUUUACUGAGGAAGAACUCGACGAUUUAAACGAGAUAACAGGGAGUAUAUUUUGUCCAAAUAACGUGAAAGAAGAACAGGAAGCUGAUACUUUACUUUCACAAAUGCUAGAUGAGGUUAUGACCUCUGGUUGUCUUGAAAAGAAAACAGAAUGCCAACAAAAGGACGUAUCAAUUCAAAACAAAUAUUUCAACAUACUUCAAAGAAAUAGUAAACAUUUAGUAUGUGGUAAGAAACAGAGAAAGGAGGGAAACAAAGAUGAGCAACUGAGAGAGCUGGUAAAAACAAUGGUAUCCUGGAAUCCGAGAAAGGUAACGGCCAUCAAACAAGUGGGCUUCUGUUUGACCACGUCAAAGUCACGUGGUCUCGACAUGACCAAAGCUGCCGAGUUUCACGUCUGUAUGGGGGCCAAUACACCUAAUAGGACACUAGUUAUUGAACACAAUACUACACUACCUGAGAUAAACAAGCGGACGUUGGGUCUUAAAGAAAUCUUUGAGGCAAUGAAACCUCGUCUUCUACCCACCAUGGUUACAUUGUGCAGGUCUUCUAGAGAUGGUUAUGUUCCAAGAGAAUUUCAGAAUAAAAUAGAGAGUGAUAUAAUAGAAAGCUUGGAAUCAUUGUCCCCACUAAAGUUGCACUUCGAUGAUGAACUUUUAGGUGGGAAAAAGGGGUGGUAUGAAUCAAGAGGUUUAUCAUAAGUUUAUGUUCCACAUAAACCUUACACUGAUCUCGAUUAUAUGUAUACAUGCAUUCACCAGUUGUCUUAUACGAUAAAUAAAAUCACAUUAUGAAGUUUUAAUUUUAUGUAUUUUUAUAUCAUGUUAAUUAUUUUGAGACCAACACCAACCAAGUUUGCCAUUUAGGAAAAAAUAUAUUAAAUCACGUUUGAAAAUACAAUGCCGGUGCCCGAUUCCAAUUCAUGUUUGUUGCAUAAUACACAAUAAACACUAUAUAUCACAUUGAUUUGACAAACUUUAUGAAACUUUUUU